AUGAGCACGGGAGGCAAGCCUGGAAGUCGAAGCGGAAGUCGUCCGGUCACCCCUCAAGGGGACAGUGCAAGCGGUGAGCCAAACCUUAUCCUCGCCAGAGCGACCCUGUCAUACGAAGGUUCCUGGGGACCCCUCCUAUGGUGGCAUGACGUGGCAGUUCCGAACCUUGAAGCAGGCUCCUCACCAACGACCGGCAGUUCCAGCACCGAGCAGACGCCCGUAGCGACAUCUGAUGCAGAAGCGACAACCGUAUCAACGGAACAAGUCGCCGAGGCAGUCCCGGACCCGGCUCCCGGAAUUUCUAACCCUACCGAAGAGACGCCUGCCGGGGAUGCACUUGAAGCCGGCGGUCUCGACGACGAGGGCGAGUUCACGCCGAGCGUUUUUGACGAGGGAUCAAUAGCCGACGACAGAACCGAUUCGACGUCGCUGAAUUCUAGUGUCUUCGAGCACAGCUUCCGGAAUGGCAGACGCUACCAUAAGUUUCGACACGGACGAUACCCAAUUCCCAAUGAUGAGACCGAACAGAACCGCGAGGACAUGCUGCACACCAUGAUGCUAGAGGUCACAGACGGGCGACUAUACUUUGCUCCGAUUGGCGAUAACCCCCAGAAGAUUAUUGACUUGGGCACCGGUACUGGUAUCUGGGCCAUUGAGAUGGGCGACUUGUUUCCGAGUGCCGAGAUCCAUGGGCUCGAUUUGAGCCCCAUCCAGCCCAUCUGGGUGCCGCCGAACGUCAAGUUCCUCGUCGAUGACGUUGAAGACACCUGGUUGAACGGCUCGGACUUUGACUUCGUACACCUGCGCAACAUGGUGCCAGUGCUGAAAUCGCCCGUCAACCUUUUGCGAAAUGCAUACGAACACAUGAAGCCUGGAGGCUGGGUUGAGCUUCAAGAUGUUGAUGGACAGGUCCACUGCGACGAUGGAAGUUUGCCGCCUGAUUGGCCCCUCGUCCGUUUCACUAACCACCUCGUCGAGGCCUUUGCAAAGUUUGGUACAAACUCCCACGCUGCGGUCUUUGGACGACAAUACCUGGAGGAGGCUGGCUUUGUCAACAUCCGACAUCACACGGUGAAGUUGCCUUACGGGACAUGGCCCAAGGAUAAAAUCAUGCGACUGGUGGGCAUGUACUAUCGCACGGCAUGCGAGGAGUUCUUCCCCGCCGUCGGCGCAAUCCACUUUGAGAUGUUGGGGUGGAGCAAGAUCGAGAUGGAGGUCUUGUUCGCGCAGUGCCGUAAUGCAAUGAGGGAUCCCAACGUCCACGCCUACGGCAUGAUGCAUUUUUGGAGUGGACAAAAACCUGCUUAG